GGGGCGUUCCGCGCGGUCCACGGGCGUGCGAGAGAGGCAGAGGGUCGAAGCGACUUUUCAGAAUCGGCCGGCAGGUGCACCCUAUAAAUGCGCGAGUCGGGCUGCCGGAGUCCUCAGUGGACAGCCGGCCGCGGAACCCCUCGCUACCCAGGACUCCCAGGACUCGGGACGCCUUCGUCUUCUGCUCCACUCACGAUGCGCUGCUCCGCCACCCUCGCCGUCGCCCUGGUGCUGGUCCUGGCGCUGUGCUCCGCCGCACCGCGCUACGACGAGGAGUCCAAGGGGCUGGCCGACCGCGACGUGCAGAUGUGGCGAGACACGACUAUGCAGAUCCUGCAGCAGCUACUCCGGUCCAACGGGGACUUCGGGCCCAUCUACCACCACAAGAGGAACUCGGAGAUCAUCAACUCCCUCCUCGGCAUUCCCAAGACGAUGGCGGAGAAUGGCCGCUAGUCGUUCAGUUUAAGCGUUCCUUCUCCACUGAAAGAGAGGUGGUCGGUCAUACCUUCUUAUUUGUUUCUCAGAGAAUAAAUGCCGUGGCUAGUAAACAUCAAA